AUGUCACAUUUAAUACUGGCUUUGGAAAAUGAAAAACUUUUAAAUAUGCUAUUGGAAAACGAUUUUCUUCAUACUUGUAAGUCGCAUGAACAGCUUUUAUGUAAAGCAGCAUCGCACGGAUUUUUUGAAACUGUCAAGUUAUUAUUACAAUAUAAUGUAAAUCCCAAUGAUUGUAACACCAUUGGCGAGUCACCACUUUAUUUGGCAGUUAAAUAUAAUAAUGUAGGUAUCGUCAAAUUGUUGAUAAAUAAUAAGGCCGAUCUGAACAUUGUUGAUACAAACAGCAACUCUACAUUGUAUGUUGCGUCAGGUGAAGGACAUACUGAAAUAGUCAAAACUUUGCUAGAACACAAGUGUGAUCCGAACAUUGUUAAUGGAAAUAGCAACUUUGCAUUGCAUUUUGCAUCAGUAAAAGGUCAUAUUGAAAUAGUCAAACUAUUACUUGAACACAAGUGUGAUCCAAACAUUAUUGAUAUAAACAGCAACUCUGCAUUGCAUUUUGCGUCAUGGGAAGGACAUACUAAAAUAGUCAAAACAUUGCUAGAACACAAGUGUGCUCCGAACAUUGUUAAUGGAAAUAGCAACUCUGCAUUGUAUUUUGCAUCAGAAAAAGGUCAUAUUGAAAUAGUCAAACUAUUACUCGAACACAAGUGUGAUCCAAACAUUAUUGAUAUAAACACCAACUCUGCAUUGCAUUUAGCGUCAUGGGAAGGACAUACUGAAAUAGUCAAAACAUUGCUAGAACACAAAUGUGAUCCAAACAUUGUCAAUAAACACAGAGACUCUGCAUUGUUUGUUGCGUCAGGUAAAGGAUAUACUGAAAUAGUCAAAUUACUGCUCGAACACAAGUCUGAUCCAAACAUUGUUAAUCAACGCAGCCCCACUUUAUUGUUUAUUGCUUCAGCUAAAGGACAUACUGAAAUAGUCGAAUUAUUGCUAGAACACAACUGUGAUCCAAACAUUGUCAAUAAGAACAUCCCCACUUCAUUGUUUAAUGCUUCAGCUAAAGGACAUACUGAAAUAGUCAAACUAUUGCUAGAAAACAAGUAUGAUCCCAACGUUGUUAAUAAAAACAUCAACUCUGCAUUGCAUUUUGCGUCAGGUGUAGGACAUACUGAAAUAGUUAAACUAUUGCUAGAACACAAUGGUGAUCCAGACAUUGUGAAUCAACAUGGAAAUACAGCAAUAAUAGUUGCGUCAGAUACAGGUUUUACGGAAAUAGUCAAAUUGUUACUAGAACACAAGUGCGAUCCAAACAUUGUCAAUAAACACGGAAAUUCAGCAUUAAUAGUUGCAUCAGAAAACGGACAUACUGAAAUAGUAAAACAAUUGCUAAAACACAAGUGUGAUCCAAACAUUGUCAAUAAACACAUCAAUUCAGCAAUAAUAGUUGCGUCAGAUAAAGGACAUACUGAAAUAGUCAAAUUAUUACUAGAACACAAAUGUGAUCCAAACAUUGUCAAUAAAAACAACAACACUUCAUUGUUUAUUGCUUCAGCUAAAGGACAUACUGAAAUAGUCAAACUAUUGCUAGAACACAAGUGUGAUUCCAACUUAGUUAAUGAACACAUAAAUACAGCAAUAAUAGUUGCUUCAGAUAAAGGAAAUACUAAAAUAGUCAAAUUAUUACUAGAACACAAGUGUGAUUCAAACAUUGUCAAUGAAGACGGCAACUCUGCAUUACAUUUUGUGUCAUCUGAAGGGCAUACUGAAAUAGUCAAACUUUUGCUAGAACACAAGUGUGAUUCAAACAUUGAAAAUGAACACAUAAAUUCAGCAAUAAUAGUUGCGUUAGAUAAUGGACAUACUGAAAUAGUCGAAUUAUUGCUAGAAAACGAAUGUGAUCCAUAG